GAAGCGGGCUGCUCUGGGUAGCAACAUGGAAGAGGCAGCCGGGGAGAGAACCAACUUGGCCGGGGUGCGGCACAUCCUGCUGGUGCUCUCCGGGAAGGGCGGCGUUGGGAAGAGCACCAUCUCCACCCAGCUGGCUCUGGCACUGCGGCAUUCCGGGAGGAGGGUGGGGAUCAUGGACGUGGACUUGUGUGGCCCCAGCAUACCCCUCAUGUUCCAGGUGCAGGACAGUGAUGUGCACCAGUGUGACAGCGGCUGGGUACCGGUCUAUGUGGACCAGGACAAGAGCAUCUCACUCAUGUCCAUUGGCUUCCUGCUGGAGAAGCCGGAUGAUGCUGUGGUGUGGAGAGGACCCAAGAAGAAUGCUUUGAUCAAACAAUUCGUUGCUGAUGUGGCCUGGGGGGACCUGGACUUCCUCAUUGUGGACACGCCACCGGGCACAUCUGAUGAGCACAUCUCCGCAGUGGAGGCCCUGAGGCCUCACAAGUUGCUCGGAGCAAUCCUGGUCACAACACCCCAGGCUGUGUCUGUGGGAGAUGUGAGGCGGGAGCUGACAUUCUGCAAGAAAACAGGAUUAAGAGUUCUUGGCAUCGUGGAGAACAUGAGUGGCUUUGUGUGUCCGCACUGCUCAGAGUGCACAAACAUCUUUUCCAAAGGAGGAGGUGAGGAGCUGGCCAAGCACGCUGGGGUCCCCUUCCUGGGCUGUGUUCCUCUGGACCCCCAACUCAGCCAGAGCUUGGAAGAAGGGAGAGACUUCAUCCAAGACUUUCCCAAGAGCCCUGCCUUCCCUUCCUUGGCUCGUAUUGCCCAGCAGAUCUUGGAUGGUACAUCACAGCAGAGCUCCUGAGGACAGUGUGGGGCUGGACUUCCUGCCUGAGCCCCUCACAGCACCACCAGCAGCGCAUGGUGAUGGGGAAGCAGCUGUGGAAGCUGCUAAGCUAUGAACUGUCUCAGUGGGGAGGUGAGGGAGGGAGCACAGCAUUGAUGCUGCUUGCAGUGAUCCAAAAAGGGAAGUUCUGCUCCAUCCCUAUGGAUCCAAAGAGUCCCUGCACAGACAGCAGCCUGCUUCCUGCCUUUUCAACGUGAUGCUCUGCCCAGAUGGUACAGUUGUUCCUGAUGCCUUCCUCAGCAGCCUGCCCUUGUUCAGGGGCUUGGGGAGCUCUAGUUUGUGUCCCCAGUGUUCUGUAUGCUGUGGUGCUUCUGGCCUUUGCCUGGUACAGCUAAAAAGACCAUCAAUUUGUUCUUCACUCACUGAGCCCAACCAGCACCCAUCAUCUGGAUCGUGGCUCCAUGUGCUGCUGCCUUCUAUUGCUUUUCUUGCAUGAUGGAUUAGAUGGUAUUUGGUUCAGUGGCUGGAUGCUCCCAUGUGGACUCGAGCCAGGCCACCCUGCUGUGAAGUCUCAGCUUGCUGGUUUCUGAUGGGCCAGUGGGGACACAGUACAUGCCUCACAUAAGAAAAGGUCUUUAGGAGAUCUGCCACCCUCCUGAGUGCUGAGUUCCUGCUGGAAAUGAGGCCUUUUUGGGUUGCUGGGGGUUAUCACUCAGGAGUAUUUGUAAAGAUUCCAAGCAGUAAAUACUUUUCUUAAAAUCCAA